AUGGAUCACCUACCAAUACUCCUGCUGUUGUUCCGUCUUCUACUCGCAAAUGAAUCUGGAGAAUUUGAAGAGAGAAAAAUCUUUCAUGUUGUGCUCCCUUCAUUCACGCUUGACAUCUUAAAUUUCUUGAGAGAUAAACCAAAGCUAUCGCUUGGUUGCAUUGAUUAUGAGAAGACUAAGAAACGCGUUACAGAUCGUCUUUGCCAAAAGAGACCAUCUCUCUCCAGCUGCUCCACACCGUACACAAUGGCAUCUUUCAAACAAGAGACGAUUGGUCAUAGCAAUGACAAUGGUCUGAAAAAAUUGGCUCGAGCUAUGGGAGUCAAGAGAGCUGUAAGGGACAGUUCCUGGUGGAGUUCUGAUGAGGAUGAAGACUACGAGUACUAUUUAUGGAAAAAAUAUCGCCGUGAGAAGAUAAGGCGACGACUCAUGCAGAGAUCAAGUAUCAUUAUCACAACUAUGGUAGCCCAUAUUCUAGUAGUUAUGGAGCGUCUCCAUACGCGGGAUACUACAGGCCAUCCUACUACAGCCCAUAUAGGUAAGCAAUAACU